AUGGAUAAUGAUUUAUGGGGAAUGAUAGCCCUAAGGGAGAGCGUAGAAGAAUUGGGUUACAACAUGUUAGAUAAGUUUAAGUAUUUUAUAGUGACAGAUACUCACCAUUUAAUUGAAGUUGUUACUGAUAGUGAUUGUUGGAAAAUUUGUAAUGGCUCUGUAGUUCCUAAGAAAAUUGAGGUUUGGGUUGUACCAGCAAAUUCUGAGGGUGAUGGUGCAGGUGAGGGUGAAGGGGAAGCUGUAGAAUUUGAAGAAAAGGGUGAGGAUGAAAAGUUGGAAUUGUAUGACUAUAGUGAUGCUGAGUUGAAUGAAAAUGAGGAAGAUGACAAAGAGUAUGAAGGUAAUGUUGAUCCAAAUGUAGAGUAUAAUGGGGUUGGAGUUAGUAAUACACGUGAUUCAAAAGAUUCUAGUGCAAAUAUAGAUUGUGUGGGGCUAAAUAUGUCUGAUGAAGAGAGUGGAAAGGAGACUGAUGAUGAAGAGAGAACUAAAUGGCCAGUGUUUAAGUCAAAUACUGAGAUGAAGUCUAUUAAAUUUGAAUGUGGAUUAACAUUUGCUUCUAAAAAAGAAUUUAAGGAUGCAGUCCUCAACUACGCGUAUAGUAAUGGCAAGGAAUUACACUUCACUAAGAAUGACAAAGAAAGAAUGUAUGUUAGAUGUAGACAAGCUGGUUGCCCUUUCAAAAUCAAUAUGUGGAGAGUAAAAAAUGCAAUGUCUUGGAGAAUUACAACUUUCUAUGAAGAGCAUGAGGGGUGUGGCUGGGUAUACAAAAAUAAAAUGGUUAAGUCUAGUAGAGUUGCAAAUAGAUGGAAGAAAGAAGUAAUGCACCAUAUGAGUUGGACAUCAACUGAGUUUAGAGAUAAGGUUAAGGCUAAUGAGGGCUUUGAGUUAAGCAACAAGCAAGCAUAUAGGGCAAUUACAAAAGCCAAAGAAUCAAUUGAAGGGGAGGCUUUAGAUUUCUUCAAAAAGAUUUGGGACUAUCGCUUAGAGAUUCUGAAAACUAAUCCAAUGACCAAAUGCAUAGUCAAGCUGAGUGAUUUAGAAUAUGAAGGAAAAAAGAGAUUUCUUCGAAUGUAUUUGUGUUGGGAUGCUUGCAAGGAGGGUUAUAAGUUUUGUAGACCCAUCAUUGGGGUUGAUGGAUGUCACUUAAAACACAAGUUUGGAGGGGUACUAUUAACAGCAGUGGGAGUUGAUGGAAAUGAUAGCAUCUUCCCAUUAGCAUAUGCCAUUGUUGAAGGAGAAAACAAGAAGUCUUGGACAUGGUUCUUGGAGUUGCUUAAAAAUGACUUGGUGAUAACUGAGGAAGCACAACACAAGUUGACAUUCAUCUCAGACAAGCAAAAAGGUUUGUUACCUGCUUUUGAAGAUGUCCUACCAUAUGCUAGUCAUAGAUUUUGUGUCAGACAUCUCUAUGGCAACAUGAAACUUGCUGGGUAUGUGGGAAAAGCUAUGAAAGAUGCCUUGUGGGCAGCAGCAAAGGCAACCACAGUCAACACCUUUACUGAAGCCAUGAAUGAUAUCAAGAGUUUAGAUCAACAGGCAUAUGAUUGGUUAAGAGAGAAACACCCUUCAGAAUGGAGCAAGUCAUAUUUCUCUACUACUUCAAAAUGUGAUGCUUUAGUUAAUAACAUUUCAGAGAGUUUCAAUGCUAUGAUCUUAGAUGCUAGACAACAACCUUUAGUUUCUUGUUUAGAAACUAUAAGGAAAUUGUUGAUGAAAAAAUUGUUUGAUAGUAGACAAAAAUCAAGGAGUUGGAAGGGACCAUUCUGCCCUAGCAUAAUGAAGAAAAUAUCUAUAAUUGAGAAGGCUGCAGCAGGGUGUCUAGGGACUCAGUGUGAUGAAAACUUGUUUGAGAUAAGAUCUGCAGUACUAUUAGGAGUGGUAGAGCAGCAUACUGUGGACUUGUCUAUGUUUACUUGUAGCUGUAGGAGGUGGGAUUUAACUGGGAUACCAUGUCAGCAUGCUGUUAGGGCUAUAUGGAUGAAACAUGGGAACGGAUCAGUUAAUGAGUAUGUUGACCCUUGUUACUCAAUUUGGUCUUACCAAACCACCUAUGGGAAGAGUAUCAAACCACUUGCUGGACCUAUGGAAUGGCCUAGAUCAGAAAAGGAACCACCACUACCCCCAUUGUACACAAAAAAAGCUGGCAGGCCCAAAAAGUUGAGAAAGAGAAGCAGAGAUGAGAUGACAAAAGAUGGAACACAUGUGAACCGUAGCUUGUUGGUUAAGCAUUGCAAAAAGUGCAAAGAAGCAGGCCAUAACUCAAGAAAAUGUCCUCAAGAUCUUGCAACAAAAGACAAAAUACUUCAUCCAAAGAAAAGAGUUAGGAACAAGAAAAGUACAUCUAAGGCCACAACUCAAGAAAUUGGUAAUCAAGAACAAGUUCGAGUUGGAGUUGAAGUUGUAGAUGAUCCUCAAGCUAGUGAAAUCCAUGUCACACAACCUGAUGAGUUUAUUGCUAGACCUACGCAAAAGAAAGGCAAUAGUCUCACCCCAUUGGGAGUUAGGAUAUCAUGGGAAAGUCCAACUUAA